UCAAAUGUUACGCCGUUGCGUGGCCGGAGCGUCUGAUGAGCUCAACGGUCCCAGGAAGCACCGCCGCUUAUUUGGUAAAUUAUAGCGAUAAAGACGAGGCGAAGCGCGGAUUUUCGAGGUCAGGUGGAUCAAAUGAAGAUGAUUAAAUAUUUCUGAAUUAUGUCGUGAGAGCUCGCUGUCAAAGUCAGAGGAUUUUCGUCAUGGUUUUACAUUGAUAUCUGCGAUGUUUUCAGUGCAGACCGAUAAGUUACCCUAAAGGGUGGUCAGUACCUGGAGCUUGGAUCCUUGAACUGCCGAAAUAUUCGGCAGGAAAAUUAAAAAAAGACUAAUUUUUAAUUUUUUAUCUUGGUCGUGGCGCUGGCGGCAAGCCAAUAAUUUACUCUGGAGCAGGACACGGAGGUAGGUGAUCCGUAUCUCAUACAAAUGUCUGUUAAUGCUGUCAGAUUUUAGAUGUGGAUGCAUCCUGCAAACAGACAGACACACAAAGGCGAAACAGAGGACUGAAUGUCCCAAACAACACAGAAUAAAAGGUGUAAUAUUAUUAUGCAGUGAGCUUAUGUGUGUAGAAGUCAUUAGUGUUUUAGCGGACAAUAUUGUCUGGUAUAAGCAGGGGCGUGCGAACGGGGGCGACCAGGGGUGGCUUAGGCCCCUGCUGAAAUCUGAUUGACCAGUCCUAGAGCCACCCCAAAAGCUUUUAUUGUGAUUGGUUGUUGGUGCUGGCUUCUUGUUGUUGUUUUAUUUGCAUUUAAAGUCACACAAUUUAGCAAAAGCUUUAGCAAUCAAUGAUAUCAGACAGAUAAUCUAAAAUCUAAAAAUAAGUUGGAUCUUCUUAUAUUUGAUACUCAUUAAUUGAAUACCAAGACAGGAGGUGGCGCUACAUCUGUAAAGCAAGUGUGCCCCCUAUAACUGGGAUAUUAUACUGCGUUCAAGUUACCUCGGAAGUCAGGUGUCGGAGCUAAAAAUGACGUCACACCAGAGUUCCCAGCGUUUCAGUUACCACGUCGGAAAAAAGCAAAAUAGCGCUUACCUUAUAAUCAUUAUAUAUUCGCGAGCGCUCUGAUAACUUUCGUAGAUGUAGCCAUCUUGUUUCUGCCUCUUGUUUCCACCUUCCACUUUUUUCCGACUUGGUAGCCCUUGCCUUGUCCGAAUAUCAGGCAAGCGCUAAGGUAACUUUCGUAGACGUAGCCAUCUUCUUUCAGGCUUCUGAUUUAGCUUUUUUCCGACUUGGUGACUGAAAUGCAUCUGACUUCCGAGGUAACUCGAAUGCAGCUUUAGUCACUUCAUCAGCACCAGGAUGGUGAAAGAUGUAGAGAUAGUAUAACUUGAGCAAAGUAGCAGAAGAAUAAGCCAGGAUAUCAGACAUUUUAAGUAGAGUUACGAUGCUUUUAAACUGAAAAGCUAUGAAACUACCAGCAUUAAUACUAAACUGAUAAACUAUAGGUUACUUUAGUCAUUUGAGAGGUUCUUACUUCUUAGUAGUCUGAAAAUUGUCUUAUAUUUGGGUCAAUACAGUACUUUUAAUCGUUAUUUGGAUAGGAGUAUAACAUAUUCACACAGAGGUAUUAGUAUUAGUUGUUAAAGUACAUGUGUUACGUAGGGACAGAAAUGUUAAAUUGUGAUAUUGAUCAUGUGUGCAGACAUACUUCAUAUAAACUCCUUUAUACAGUUAGUUAGUCCCCCGGUGAAGACACACCCUUACUCAUGGGCCAGGUGUCAAUAUCGGAUCAUAUUUGGAUGCGAUGUGAAACAUUAGCUCGGCAUAAAUGUGGGAAAAUGACUCGUUCAGACGCCAUCACUGCAUGUGAAUCAAGGAAGUGUAAUUCGGCGUGCAGGAAUGAAGCGGGAAAUACUGUUAAUCAUUAAACAAAUAUGUUCACGGCCAUGAUAGACAUAUUAUAUUGUACCCUCUCUUAUUUCAUGACACAAUAACAUAGUCUGAGGUACAUUAGACCCCUGAAAAACAAACACUGUACAGCUGUGAAUAUAAGAAUAUAAAGCUCUAUAGGACAGUGAGAUGAUACAGAGUAGUGAUUGGAAUGGGACUGAAUAAUUGAUCAGAACUACUAAGUGCCUUUUAUGCCUCUGUUUUAGUGACUUUCAGAAGAGGGGCAGUUGUUUAGCUUGAAGUAAACAGAAAAGUCUAGUUUCCUAGAAGCUUUUUUGUGCCUGGGAGUGAGUGUGAGUGUGGGCGCCCAUUCCUCCCUCAGGCGUCAUGACUGAGUCCUUUCAUUCAGGACGGAAACGGUUUCCUGUCCAGUCCCUUACAGUACUUAAAGGGUGGAGUGUGUGUUUGUGUGUGUGUGUAGGUCCAUAUGCGCAAAAUAACAUGACACCAAACUGAGAUAUUCAGCACCUGGGGGAAAAGUUAAACAAACAUCAACUACACAUGGAGAGAUUCAUGGUCCAUGCCGGGUAUGAUGAUGUAUUCCAGCGUGCCAACUUGACUGUUACUGUUAUGUAAUAAUGUCGGCUGUGUAUUAUCUACCUGUGCAGAUUACCAUUAAUCAGCAGACAUGGUUGCCAGCGGUGAACAUGAGGAAGUAUGUUAUCUGUAUCUGUGGUUAGAUGGGGGCUGUGGUGACUGUCGGUUAUGUAAGAAAGUAGCAGGAGAUCCUAAAGCACGGCAAAUAAACUUUGAGUUAUUCUGUCAUUUGAGCGGACUGAUCCUUUAACAGUUUAAGGUUAUCCUCCUGGCCAGCCGGAUUUAGGUCCAGUCCUCUGUUUUAGGCAGCAUGCUUCGGUCUCCUCGAAAUAGUGAGCUUCCUUUUAUAAUGCUUUCCUUAUAAGAGCCUGAGUGAGUGGUGUUUGUUUAGCUGUUGGUUGGUUCUGGUUCAUUUGAAGCCAAACUGUCUCCUCAGACCAGGAUAAAUGCUCGGCCGUGAGCUCACAGUUUUCUCUGUUACCUCAUUUUCCUCCUCGGUGGGGAAAACAAGACCCACGGCUCAAGUGUACACUCGACUUUCAUUACUCAAUCUCAGCUCUUAAGAAGACCGAGGUCAUAUUACAAAUACCAGUAAGAAAGAAGUAAAAUGACAACAAUCCCAGUUUCAAAAGGUCUAGAUUCUGUGAGAACCCUGAAGGUAGCAGUAGGGACACAUUUCAAUGAUGCUGGAGGACCAAAAAACACACGAAUAAAGUGGUUUCUUGGACAAAAACUAUUUUGGAUUCAUUUAAAAAGGAUCAGGUAUGAAAGCACUCCACAAACUCAAGAGUCCCUCAGAAGUAGGGCUGGGCGAUAAUUCGAAAACUUAACGAUACUGAAAUCUACGACAAUUACCAAUGUCAUUUUGCCCAUGUCAAUAAAUUCUGUGUCAAAAAAAUAAAUUAAUAAAAGUUGGUUUUGGAUGUGUGUAGGUAGGCUAUGGUCUCAUGUCCCUAUAAGACGCUUUCCUUUGUCAGAGACGUGACUCCACCCCAUCCAGUCCGUAACAAAGAGGGAAAGACAGGUGAGGAGAUGGAGGACGGUUCAAAAUUUGAAGCGGGUGGAGCGGUGGCUAAAGUAGAUGAAGUUAAUGUGGGAGGGGGUGAGCAGCUUGUGGAGUAGUUAUCGUCCAUUUAUCGUUAUCGAGGUGAACUGAUCAAUAUAUCAUGAUACUGAUUUGAGGCCAUAUCGCUCAGCCCUAUCACAAGUAUACUUUUGGUCAAAUAAAUGCAGAUCUAGAUUGCACAGUCAGCUCGAUUUGUGAGUGAAUGCUCUGCAAGAACCUAUCUGAUUUUUCCACCUGGAUUGGCAGGUUACUCAACAUUUCUACUCAGCAGCCGACAGCAUCAAAACGAUCACCCGAAGUCAGAGGUACCUCAGGGUGCAAACGCUGAAAACUUUAUUCUCAACUUCUCUUCAAAAAUAGAAUCAAAAUCAUGUUCAGUCUCAGUUUUCAAAGCUGCAAUACAUUUUUAUCCUCCAAAAAUAUCAACAUGUCAUUUCUUAUUUAUUCCAUGUCCUGAUGUGUAAAACCAAACUUUGCAAACAUGCUAAAACUCACUCUUCCCUUCAUGCUUUCCCUCUGAGAUUCUAACUUUAACCGUUUGCUGACUCUAUUUUCUGGAGUUGUAUUUAUGGACUAUGAGGAACACAAGACCACGUUCAUUCUCGUUUUAGCUCCAUAUGGUCAUCAGCUGGUUCAGGCCUGGGCCAGCUCUUAGUUCUGCAGCCAUAGGUUUAGACUGUCGGGGGGACUGGCACAUCGAGCACCUUUCCCUCCUUCUUCAUCCUCUUUCUGUCUGUGUCGUUAACUCUGAACCAUCACGUCUCAUUAGAGUCACGAAUACAGUCUUUUCUGGGAGUCCUUGAGCUCCGUCUUACUCCAUAUUUAUGCGGAAACUUUGUGAAAAUGAGGUGAUGGAGCUACUUCACUACUAACAUUAGAAAAAGAAAGUGAGCCAAAAUGCAGAGAUUCGUCACAGUUUUAAGCCGGAGAGCAGUAACUUGAAACUGUUGAACUAUCCGCUCACGCAGUCUAUUACAAAAUAGUGGUAACUGUCUUUCCAUCUUUACUUCUGGUAUCAUGAAUAAGGAACAGUACCACUCCAUCCUCCAGCACCAUGCUGCUCCAUCUGGACUCAGACUUGUGGCUCAUAAGUUUGUUUUGCAGCAAGACAAUGACCCUAAGCACUCUGCCGAGCUCUGUCAGGGUUACCUCGACAAAAAAGAAGAGGAAGGUGUUCUUCAAAAGAUGGUUUGGCCCCCUCAGUCUCCAGACCUUUCUCCUAUUGAGCUUGUGCGGGAUGAAUCGGAUCGAUCGGUCAGAAAAACGCGUCCCACGAAUCAGCGUCUCUUUUUAAUGAACUUAAGAAAGCUUGGAAUGAAAUCCCUGGAGCUUCCAAACUUUUGGCCUGUAGUGUAGGUGUGGUUAGGUUUUUCGUCCCCUCUGUGUGCGUAGAUGCAAACAGGGCCCUCUCCAUUUGUAUCCUCGCCAGAUUGAACAUCACACAGAGCUUGUUAAGGAUCGUCUUCUCCUCUGUAGUGAUUUCCUCCUGAUAGAUCCGUCCGCCUGCUUCACUCUCAGCAGGUAAAUCUGCACAGACCUCUGUAACUCAACACCCCUGUUUACCAGCAUCUCUGUUUUCCUCCCUGCUGCAGAUUUCAGUGAGUUUUUUCUCCUUAGAAGUCAGGAAGCGUCCUGCUCUUGCGGGAUUGUUGUGGUGGGCCGUGGACGGGAAAGAGACUGUUGACUAGACCAAACACGGGUCCUAUCUGGCGGCUGCAGGGCUGUUUUAUCUCUGUGUGAGCUAAUCAAGCCCAUUCAUAACUUUGUGAUGGAGAACUGCUGAAAUGUUUGGAUGAUGCAUACAUCCACCCUCUUCCUCUUUGCAUGAUUACAUAAUAUGAUUAAAAUCUGUUCAUGUAAACAGACUGUUUGUUUAAGAAGAGGAGUUAAUUUCUCUAUCGGUGUCCUUAAUUCACUCUUUGUGCUUUUCACUCCACCCACACAAGGGCGACAUCAAAUCCAAGACGUCAGUUCGCGCCUUCGUAGAAAAAACGCUUGAUUAGCGGCUUAAGUGCUGUUAUCGUGUGGCGUGCAGCUUCUUGGAGUAAUGACGGGCUCCUCCGGACAACGAGCGCAUACUGCAGAUUCUUUGUCAGUCCGAGUCUUUGAUGAGGAAGCGCCCCCUGUCACUCUGAGAUGGUAAAAAUGUGACAGGAAUGCACGCGGAGAUAGAUCUGAGGAGAUGUAACCGAUAAGCUCCUGGAAUGAAACCCUGCAGACCAUGAGGUGUCCGGCACGUGGUUCUCUGCUCCACCUUCUGCUUGAUGAUUUUUGACUCCAGAAAUUAUAAUCCACCUCAAAUGGAGCGUUUCCAUGGACGGUGACGUCGGAUAAGUUGAACGGGACUUCUGCAGGAAUAUUCAUGUUGACAUUUCUGUGCACCUCCAGCUCUCCUCCUUCUUCUUCUCAGAGCUUUGCGGUUAACACAUCUUUAAACAAACAAAGCAAAGGCCACAACCUUUAAAACUGGUGAUCUCAUCUCUACUGCACUCACCUGCUCUGCUGCUGUUGUCUGGAUUGCAGGACAGGAUGUUGCACCACUCCCUCAAACAGAAGCCUGUUAAACACUGCGGUCCAUUACGCCUCCAUGCAUUACAUACUGCAGACGAGGCGGAACAGAAGCACAAAUAUCCUGUCUUGAAUUGCACUGAGAUGGUCACCUGUGCGAUCGCUCAACUCAAGACUAGGGAUUAGGGCGUUUGCAAAAGAAGGCGAUAACUUCGUGGCUAAAUAGGACAAGAACAAGUCAGUCGUGUGGAAUUGGUUCAGCUUUGCAGUUUCAGAUGAAGAGCAAACUACUCCCCAUUGCAAAGUCUGUCUGAAGGUGGUAUCAACCCAUCCACACGGACAUGAAUUCAGGAGUAAAGACAAAAGUUUUUUGUCGUAUCGGGGAUGUACCGACUGCUUUCCUUCAACAAAAAGGCCGCUGGGGUUUAGGUUCACUUGCAUCUGUGACUCGUUCAAUUAUCAGUCUGGUUUGAGUGUUAAAAGUUGCUUAUUGUUCCAAAAAAGAAAAGAAAACACGUUGAUCCCGGUCCAAAACUUUUGCCUUCGAAUGAAAAGUGAGAUGAUGAAAUGAUGUUAAAACAGGAUGAGUGAAACGGUCAACAGAAAAUUAUCAGAGCUUACCAAAAACUCGUUGUCUGACUACACCGGUGAGAUGUAAAUAACCCGCCAAACAUCCCAAAACCACACCCCUUAGACGCUCCCCGGAAGUGACGUACCUAGUUAAAAAUUAUACUUUCAACAAAUAUAUUUUGGCCUCUACAGGCGUUUCAUCCACACGGAAACAGGUGACUGUAACAGUACUUUUUGAAAACGGGUCAGAGAGCACAUAAAUCCACAAACGACAACCAUUUCAUCUCCGUGUGGAUGUCUAUUUGCAUCUCUGGAAACGAUCAUGCAACAAACAGCGUAACUCUUUUAUGGCACCUGUGCGUGUCCGACCAAAACAACUUUUAUACACAUGCUCUCUACUCUUCUUCUGUCUUUUGUGCAUUUCCUCGAUAUCAUUAUAGCGCCACUUACUGACUUGGCAUACGCACUACAUCAUUUUCAGCUGUGUCGUUGAGGGAUGAUAGAAAAACUUUUUAAUUUUAAAGUGAAGUUUGGUGAAAAUCAAAUUAGAAAAUUGAGUUUUUAGAGAAAAAAAUCUGGAUUUUGCAGCCUUACUCAAGACUAACCUUAGAUGUAAACUUUUGUUUUUACCACAGUGUCAACAUGCAGAGCUGAAAUGUUUGACUCAUUAGCCCCUUCAUCAGGCUCACAGUAUAAUCUGUUUGUGUGUUGGAAGCCAGUGAGGCCUCUUGUUGUCGAGGAGUCUGCACAAGCCUGCUAUCAUUAAAACCUCCUGUGCAUUUGAAGCAUGUGGACGACGCUUUGGCUGAACAAAGGGCCGCUAAUACCAAAAGUGACAAAUAUACAAUGAAGGACCAGUCGGACCAUAAAGUAGCAAAGCAGUGUUUAUCUGCAGAUUCCUGAAAAACAGCAGGGCUGCAUGGACGGACUACUCGCAUGGCCGGUUAUAAAGGAACUUUUGCAGUCCAGCUGUAGAGUGAGUGUGAAUUCUUGACAUGCCAAAACAGAGAAACAACAACAGACCGUCACUUUAGUCACUGAUGCAACUUUGAAUCCGUAAGAUGAAGAAAGUGAAAUAAAAAAAGCAUCUUAUUUUGGAGAAAAUAAAUGAUAUAUUUUCCCUGGUGUUGUGCAGAACCUGACGUGUUUGGUUUCGCUCUUACAGGAUAGUAUGGCCAUGACGGGGGGGACUGCAGCUGCCCUACCCAUGAGCAACCACACCCGCGAGAGGGUGACCGUGGCCAAGCUGACACUGGAAAACUUCUACAGCACUCUGCUCACCCAACACGAGGAGCGGGAGAUGAGGUAGAGACGACGCUCGAGUACCCGCUCAUUCAGACACUCUCGAUCAGUCAUAUUUUAGGAUAUACAUCAUGAGAAAAGCAGAAAUGAAGAAACUUUCAACUUCACUUCUCUGUUCCUGUAAUUCGGCUGAUUAUCCUGCUGAGACAUGAUAAAUAUUUUGAAGUCAUGCACCCUCUGUGUGUGAAUAAAGUUGUUUUUGAAGCAUCAAGUGUGAAUUCAUCUGCUCUGGGAAAAGAAAACCAAACAGAGGUGUUUAAUGCCCGGUGUGAGCACAACAAUGAACACUUCAUACCCUCCACUUAUGUUCUCAUGUUCCACAUCAGAGACGAUCUCUGUAGAAGUAAAAGGAGGAAGUUUAGUUCUUCAGUUUCCCCUCAUUUUUCUUUGUCUGUAGGCAGAAGAAGCUGGAGAAGGCCAUGGAUGAAGAGGGCUUACCUGAUGAAGAGGUAAGGACACUCAGUCUUUAUUUUUACUUCUGUACGCCGCAGGAAAAGUCCUUAAUUCGCUCUGAUGUCUCAUGUUUUCACCUGUCUGUGUUUUGCAGAAGGUAAUGCGGCGCUCCCAGCACGCCCGCAAGGAGACCGAGUUUUUACGGCUGAAGAGGACGCGGCUCGGCCUGGACGACUUUGAGUCGCUCAAAGUUAUCGGACGAGGUGCCUUUGGAGAGGUACAUGCCGAGGCUGGAGCUUGAAUAAAUUAAACCGAACAUUUGAUUGUUGGAAAAUGUCUUGAGGGGUUUUAAGGGUUUAGUCGUCUUUCCCGCAGAGUUAAUUUUAUACCCAGCAUGGUGCAUUGUACUUUAGUGGCUGCUAAACUCCACAACACUACACAGGAGCUCUCUCUGACCAGAGUGGUUCUGUGGAGAGGACUGUGUUGGUUAGAGUACUGUAAUAUUUCCUUCUUUAAAGCAGGAAGUCUAUGAGAGGGUGAAGCAACUGCUGGAAAAACAACAAGAAGCUGAUCAGCACCUGUAAUUAGUUCAUCAUGUGGAGUGAAGCGCUGCCUGCUAAUCAGGUUCUUUGUUUCCUUUCAGUUCAGGGUCAGAGACAGAAGCAGGUCAAUUCAGGGACGCACACAUCAGGAGUGUCAUUAUUUCUUUAAUUAGUUUAUUCAGGUAUUGUUUUUAAGAAAGCCUCAUUAUUUACACAUCAUAUCUGUUGUUCACUGGAUGUUUCCUCUUUAUUAGAAUAGGUAAAGUGUGUAGAAACAGGAAUAUUUAUUAGUAUCUAGAAUUUAGAUUCUAGAUUGAAAGGCUCCCUUGUUCCCCCCUCCUGUAGGUGAAGCAAUCGUGACCUUUGAGGGCAUGAAAGGUACAAAAGUACAAAAACACUCAUGUAACUAGUUUGUCCAUUCUGUGCUUCUGUAGAAACAUGGUGGUACGAGAAAAAGUCAAUAAAAACAAAAUCCUUUUAAAUUUAGGCGAUAAUUCACCAAUUUAAACAUGCUUCUAAAUAUUAUAUCCGAUUUUUACCAAGCCUGCUCUUACAAAUGCAGCUAAAUACCACCCUCUGUAUCUGUAAGUAUAAAAACCAGAGGGACAGAAGAGGACUAAAGAGUUCCUAUUGGUGUUUUUAUAUGAUUCCUGCAGCCUCAAACCAUUUUUAAUCACAGUUUUUAGUGACGUUUUAGUCUUUUAUCAUCACUUUUUAUAACAUCUGUUUUAAAACAUGAAAUUAAAAAGUGUAAAAGUUCAUUAAAACUAAGAGGAAUUACCUCAUUCAACGCUUCAUUUUGGCUAAUUUCAGUGCUAUCCAUACAAGCAAAGGAGAAAGUGCAGUUUUACCCUGUUAGACGUGUUUUUGAGGUGCUGUGCUCUAGGGAUGGGUGAUAAAUUAUCUCUCACGAUAUAUCAUCAGAUAAUUCCUCCAUGAUAAAUAUUUGCCAUCUCACAAUAAAUGCAAGUUGAUGACGUAGCCCACAUAGAGCAGAAUAACAAACAAACAAGAUUUCCUUCAAGAUUGGGGUUUAGAUGAGCGAAAUCAAGUACGCCUGACAUCAGACUGUGGAUCUGCUGCUGCUGUUCACUCUGAGCAAUGAGAGUUUUCCACAAACGUUGAGAAUGUUUUCACGUUUCGGACUUCUUUUAACGUCAUCAGUUUUCUCCAUAACCUGCCACUCAAACUUGUGGUUAAGUAUCUUAUUUGAUGACUCCAACUGCUGUAUCAAGACAAAAUGAGUCAAAAAUAUAGAGAGGAAUUUUAAUAUUUUUUAUUGGGACUUUUAUCGUUAUCGCCAGAACGGCAAAUCUUAUUGUGAUAGAUCUUUUAGUCUAUAUCGUCCAUCCCUACAGAGCUCUAAUAAAUCCAUGAUCAGGACAGAGCUGGAUUACUUUCUUUCUGUACUGAUACUCUGCUUCUGAUCAGUCAAUUAUAUCAAUACAAUGUGGCAGAUAGUGAUCAGUUUCCAUCAUGGACAUAAAACAGUCACACCUGAGUCUUGUUAGAACGGAGCAGCGAAAGAGAAAGUAAUUCUGGACCACGCUGCACGCCAAAGAUAUACAACUCACUGAUCAAAUAUUAAUCUAAAAGCAGUAAAACAAACCGUCGAUGAGUUUAUGACACUGCAGACCAAAGGAGAUCAACGUAGUGAUUAUAAAAGAGGUCAAUCUGGGGAUACAAGUGUCGACAUCUGUGAGGGGAAAACUUGUUCCAUCAGUUUGGAUCCUCGUUUUCAGUGUCGUAGAUCCUCUUAUAAACCGAUCUGUGUUUCUCCUCUUCAGGUCCGUUUGGUGCAGAAAAAAGACACGGGACAUAUUUACGCCAUGAAGAUCUUAAGAAAGGCCGACAUGCUGGAGAAAGAGCAGGUAAAGACGUUUGUCGGGCCUCUGCUGCUGUUUACACGCCGUUGUGUAAUGAGUGUGUAAGGUUAUCGACCUUCUCCCUGCAGGUGGCUCAUAUCCGGGCAGAGCGGGAUAUUCUGGUGGAGGCGGACGGAGCCUGGGUGGUGAAGAUGUUCUACAGCUUUCAGGACAAGAGGAACCUCUACCUCAUCAUGGAGUUUCUCCCUGGAGGUCUGUUUUUUUCUUUUCGAGUCAGUUUGAGCCUCAUCAUGUUUUUGGUCGUCUUCUGAAGACUCGUGUGAUUUUGUUCCAGGCGACAUGAUGACUCUGCUGAUGAAGAAAGACACUCUGUCAGAAGAAGCCACCCAGUUCUACAUCGCGGAGACGGUCCUGGCCAUCGACUCCAUCCACCAGCUGGGCUUCAUCCACAGAGACAUCAAACCAGACAACCUGCUGCUGGACUCCAGGGUGAGACGCACGCAGGAAUUUCCUUCUGUCACCAAAGCGAACGAGAAAAUGUGAAUUUCAUGAUUUAUCUGAUGUGCUCACAGGGUCACGUAAAACUGUCCGAUUUCGGUUUGUGUACGGGACUGAAGAAAGCUCACCGCACAGAGUUUUACAGGAACCUGACACACAACCCGCCCAGUGAUUUCUGUGAGUCCAGAAGAACCUCAGUAACUCUCACUAUGAGACUUUUGAUAAUUACACUGUUAAAAUACACUUUUCUUCUCUUUAAUUUCCUGCAGCCUUUCAAAAUAUGAACUCCAAGAGGAAAGCAGAAACCUGGAAGAAGAACCGAAGACAGCUGGUGAGACUUCUGCAUUUGACAGAAUGAGCUCUGGGAAAUGUGACGUCCUGAAUUAAGCUUGUGAUUGUGCUUUUAUCGAUUUACAUCAGCUAAAUAAGAGCAUAAAACGUCUAUUCUUAAAGGUCUUCGUUUUAUAAAAGUCAUCUGGAUCAUUUUAUAAGAAAAAAGGAGCAGAGCAGGAUGACUUAUGGAUUUGUUUUCUUUACUUUUUCCUUAUUGAGGGUCACUUGCAGACAUUAUAGAGGGUUAUACUCAGAGUAAAUGUGUCUCUUUGUGUUUUCUUGAUUGUUUACUUUGGUUUUAACAAUGUAUUUGUGCACAAGCAAGGCAAAUACAAACUUCUGAAGGUAGUUUUCAUACAGUUAAGUUUUAUUCUUUCCAACCCAGAUAGUUUUAUCUACAUUUUGGGGCACUGCUGGCCUAGCAGUCUAAGGAUGAGCCCCCUUUACUAAAGCUUUGGUAAAUGAAAAAUAAAGUAUGGAAAAAUAUUUAUGUUAACAGACUUUAUUACCACGGUUAUAAUAUACUCUUUUCUAAAAUAGAAAAGUAGGUAAAUUAGGGUAUGGAAAAGUAUGGAAAUUUCAUCUGUGUAGGUACCCCGCCAUCUUGCAUCUCACUUCGCAAUCUCUCCUUAUUUCCUGCUCUAUCCUCCUAUCCUCUAAAUAAACGCACAAAAAUAGUUUAAACUCGAUCAAAGUGUUUCGGGGUAAACUUGACUUUUCAAGCCCUCACAAUCCCUCCGUCUUCUAGGCUUAUUCCACCGUGGGAACUCCGGACUACAUCGCUCCUGAGGUCUUCAUGCAGACGGGAUACAACAAGCUGUGCGACUGGUGGUCUCUGGGCGUCAUCAUGUAUGAAAUGCUUAUAGGUAAGACAGAAACAGAUAAGAUAACACUUGAGACGGCCUCUGAUAGUCUUAAAUUUUGAUCGAGGUAAAGGCUGGUUUUAUUCUUGCUCUAAGCAGCACAGUAUAACGUGUACGAUCGGGUUUCCUUGAAGAAUAAGAAUAAGACAUUCAGGUAAUAAUAAUAAACAACAAUCAUGUAAUGAUAACAGUCACAAUCUGAGUAAUAAAGGCAGCAAACAGAGGAGCCGUUACUGUUGUUAUGACAGGCUGCUGAGGCCCCCUACUGGACGAAUUCAGAACUUUGUUCCUCUGAGUCUGAUUCAGAAACAGCUGGUCACAUCAGAGCGCCUUAAAAAGAUUCCCAGAGAUGUUCAUUGUCGUUGAUCAUGACGCUCCACUUUUUCAGGUUAUCCACCUUUCUGCUCGGAGACGCCGCAGGAGACCUACAGGAAGGUGAUGAACUGGAAGGAAACCCUCGUCUUCCCGCCUGAAGUCCCCAUCUCAGAGAGGGCCAAAGAUUUAAUAUUGAAGUCUGCAGCUUCUCUUUUAUUGCAUGAAAAAAUCUCAGUUUGUGGAAUAAAAUUUCCCGUAUCUGAAGGAUUAUGUAUGUUAAAGUUCACUUCAUGUUGCAGGUAUUGCACUGAUGCCGAGAACAGGGUCGGAGCCGUGAGUGUGGAUGAAAUCAAGAGUCAUCAGUUCUUUGAGUCAGUGGACUGGGAGCACAUCAGGUAGGUUAGAGUUCUCUGUGUCACAUUAUGAUGGAUUUACCGUCAAGAGACCAAUAAGAGGACAAAAAGGAAGACAAAGAGAGAGAGAAGACAAACAGUUUAAGUGCAGCCGCCCCUGAAAACCAAACAAAUACAUCCAUCUGCAAACACAUACAUACACUAACAUCAGCCAUAAAAGCUCUCAGGAGUCACUAAUGUGUAAAAAUGAGUGUAAAUAGGUCAGAGUUAUGAGUUUUCCACAGCACAUGAAAGCUUUGAGUGCUGUUAGAUAAAUGUCAAGGUUAGAGCAGCUUAUGAACCGGUGUCAGGGAGGAAAAGGUCCUGAAACCAUCUGAGGAGGACUGUGAAGGGAUGAAAAGUGGAGUCUACACUUGGGUUAGAUUCAAAACUAUCUUAUUCACUCAUGAGCUUAAAUGUCCUGUUAUAUAUUUUCUUUCUCUCUUCUUAAUCCUCUGUUAUUCCCACAGGGAGCGUCCAGCAGCCAUCUCCAUCGAAAUCAAGAGCAUCGACGACACCUCAAACUUUGACGACUUCCCUGAAUCAGACAUCCUGCAGCCAGGUUUGUCUAUCCCUAUUACCCUUUUUUUAUUAUUGUUAUUAUUAUUUCCUUUUCUUUUCUUUUUUAUUAUUUAUUAUUAUUAUUAUUCUUUCGAUUUAUUUACUUAAAAACUUGUUUUUUAAUUUAUUUUUUAUUAUUUCUAUUAUUUUCAUUAUUUAUUUGUUUUUUAUUAUUUAUUUUAUUUCUUUAUUUUUUAUUUUUUAUUAUUAUUUUAAUUAGUUACUGAUUUAUUUGAUUUUUAUUAAUUUUUUUGGUUUAUCUUUAAUUACUUCUAUUAUUAUUUUUAUUUAUUUUCUUAUUUAUUUGUUUUUCUUUUUUUAGUUUAUUUUUUUAAUUAUUUAUAUUAUUUUUUUUUUAAUUUUACUUAUUAUUUUUAUUUAUUUACUUAUUUAUUUAUUUUUUAUAUAUUUAUUUAUUUAUUUAUUUAUUUUUGAAUUGAUCAGGGAAUAUGUACCCAGCAAGACCUAUAGCACCCCUGAGUGGCACUAACAACCCCCCCUUUCUUUCUAUGUCUCUUUACAGCCAGUGCAACUGAGCCGGACUUCAAAUCGAAGGACUGGGUCUUCCUAAACUACACGUACAAACGCUUCGAGGGUCUGACUCAGCGAGGCACCAUCCCCACAUACAUGAAGGCGGGAAAGGCCUGACACGACACCGAGGAGUAAAACAAACAAAAAUAAAACAGACGUUUACGGACACAGGGUCGGGCCACAGAGCCCUGCUGGUGCUGAAGGCUGCGCCGUCAGCCUCUCAGUAUAAAUUUAACCCUCAUCACAAGUUAUUUAGGUCUGCUCAGCCGCCGCAAGAACGCCAAGAGCUCGAAAUGAAGGAGCGUUACCGCAUUACCUCGGUUGUUUCUAUGGUGUACACGUGCCGUCUUUAGCCAUAGCUCUCAGGCCAGUUCUACGACACUAAAUCAGCGUAUCUGCAUGUUAAGCGGCAUUUUGCUUCUGGAGAGGAUUCGAAAACUGCCGAAACGCUACGGCGAGAACGAGGAGGGAAAACGAAUCACUGCUUCGACAUCUUCACAGCUGUAGUUUCUACACUGGAGGCUCAAUUAGCUCUGAUGCAAACUUUUCAUUUCCAACACUGAGAUAAGCUCCGCACACUGUCGUCAAACUCUGAAAGAUUAGUGAUUAAAAACGAACAAUUACCCGCCCCUCCUGACUUUACACCCCCAGGAAGGUUCCAGCUCGGUUUCCAAGGUUUUGGCUCACUCUGUUUUAUUUUUAACCCGUAAUGACAAAGAUGGCAGUGCAAAUUUGAAAAGCCUUUAAUUCCUCCUCAGCAGAUGGAAACGUUUCAUUCCGCUGACAUGUGGUUGUUCGGUCUGGUUUUGGUCAGCCUGGUUCAGCCUCAAUAACAAAUCUUCAUGGUUGUGGUGUUGCAAGUUCCUGCGAGUAAAACGCUUGCAUUGACGUGUAUUUCACCAUGCUAUUACUAGUAUUUAUAAUUCUGAUUGAGCAUAAAAUAUCUCGAGUAUUUCUGGUUUAAUCGCACGCUCCUCUCAGGAUGAAACGGUCCGAGAGUUUUGAGCUACAGAGGAGACACUUUGCAGCAAAAGGGGAAACAACUGGUGCUUCAAUCUGCAAGUAAGGGCUGGAAGGUCAACAAAAUAUCUGUAGCAAGCAAACGAUGCAGAUUAGAGGAUUGUUGUAGCGCCUAAGAAAGAUCUAGAAUUAUGUUCUUCAAGUCAGAUUAACACUGAGGCUUUUUCUCUCCGUAGUAACACUGCCUUGUUGUUAUUUUUACAUCUUGGCAUUAAGCAAGAAGUUUGACUUGAGGAAAACUGGAAACCGCGCAGGAACCCUCCUUUUACUGUAACCCCAAAACACUGCAGCUCUGUGUCAGCUCUGUGUGGCAACCCUUCCCGCUGCGCCGCCUCAGCGCUGCUGCUUUUCUCAUAAAAACAACAACUUGUUGCCAGGAAACGUGAACGCAGUUUACGCUGCGCUGACAUCUGUUACUGUGGCGUGCCGCCUGUUCACACAUGCCAAACAAACCGUCUUGAGUGUGUCACUUCCCCUUCAGGGCCACAGUCGUUCAAGUUUCCCCUGAAUUUUCUUUCUCAUAAGCCCCGUGGAAAGUGCCUUUUUGAAAAGCGGAUUAAUGAUUAACCUGAGGGUUUAAAGAAAUUAAAACUGUUAAGAUGAUGAUUGCAGAGCUGCUGGGAAAAGGAGUAGCAAUAAGAAAACUGAAGACGAAAAAAAAGGCAACAAUCGUCUCUUUGAGCGAACAGAAAGCUCCGAUGUGUCAAAAUUAUAAGAGUUAUAAAACGAGACAAUUUAGAAGUAAUAAAACAAAACAACAUGAAAGGGUUUUUACACGGUAAAAUAAAGCUUACAGAAUAAUUAAAGAAUCUAAAGACGGAUGACCUGUUUUUACCUCCUCCCUCAAAACAAGGGAAGUAACAGCUCCCCCGAGACAGACGCUGAAACAGAGCGCAGGUGUCCUCAUGUUGUGGUAAGAGUUUUGACGCUUUCACACUUCUGCAUACAAACAAAAAAACAUAUGAAAGACGUCAUCUAGAAAUAUUCAAAAUGACACGUUUGCUCAUGUUCAGAUCUAAAUUUGUUGAGUUUUUUUCCUCCAUUAAAGCUCCAGUGAGGAACUUGAUGUUUAUGUCGAUUGUGGCGCCCCCUGUGGACAGAGCAGACUUUGACGUUCAAAUCUAUCAUUUAUUGUGAUUUUUAUAUCUAAUUUCCCAUCAUAGAAGUAAAUCUAACGGUAUCAGCAGUCUCUAUUAAACAUUUUAAGUGUUGUAAGGAUUUAGUUUGACAUUUCAGAUUCCAAAAGUAGCAGCAGAUUCGUAACUGUUACUGAUUGAACUCUGACAUAAAGACGAAUGGCCGACCUUUAAAGUCUUCCAUCGUGAAGCUAAACUGAAGGGCGGUCUUGUUCGCCCUCUGAAACUAGGAUCCCUCUGUGCCCUGUAUAAAUUAUGAGGUUAGUGACUCGGGUGAUUAAACACCUCAAACAGAUCAUUUAAGAUUAUAAAUAAAAUAAAUUCCUAUUGUUUUAUUGUCUGCUGUUAUAGGCAAGUAGUUGAUUUAAACUUGCAUUUUUGCACUAAAAAUAAGAAGAAUAUGUCUAUGGGUAGGUGUAUAAGAUGAAGCGCACGUGUCAAAAGAACUGAAAAAGUAAAACUAAAAUUGUUUUACUGACAUCAAUAAAGAUCGACAUUCCCCUUUUUUAGCUCCACUGGAGUGUUGGGCUCCUCAGAAACAGACUGAACCUCCAUUUGAUAAUCCAUCAUUCACAAAAUGAAGCUUCACGCGAAACUGCUGAAGGAAUGCGCACCUCGUAUCUUAUCAACGCUGCGAUUCAAAGACAGCCGACGCCAGUACAGCCAUCAAGCUCGAAGGAGUUAAACACGCAGCAUCAACCAUAUUUCGUUUCUCCAGCUGCUCAGGUUGACACCUACCGCCCUUCAAACAAAUUUGAGUUUGUAAAAAUUACAAUAUCAAAGUUGCUAAUCUUGUUGGAAUCUAAUCUUGGAAAUAUCGUAAAUGAAAACCAACUGAAAUGGCAAAAAACAAACUUUUUGGAAAUAUUUUUGAUGUUUUUUUUCUGUUUUAAAGUUUGACCCAUGUCCCAUCUGUCAACAUGGAGGACACCUGCUUCAUGAAUAUACAGCAGACAGUCAACAGGGGGAGCUCCAGGCUUUUUAUGGAGCAUCUAUCUAUCUGUACAGCCUCUGGUAAAAAAAAAAAGAAACAGUUAAUCAUAAACGAGAAGCUAAAUAAGAUUAGAUUAAUAAGGAGAGAAUGUUUUAAAGGUUCUCGGACGUCUUUGUUCAUUUCUGUCAUUAACGUUAAUUUUCCUCUUCCUGUUCCGCUAACGCCGAGCUUGUCCUUCCCGAAAACAAAAAAAAAAAAACACGAUGACUCAUCCUGUCCGCGUAGAGUUGUGACUAAACACAGUGCUAAAAAUAGUUACCAAAGACCUCUGAUCAUAGCUUGUCGUGAUCUGAACACACAUUCAGAUGUAGCUGUCGCUUACUGCACUUAACUCAAUACUACCUUCGAAACACACACCUUUCCAACAGAGCUAAACUUAGCCGUGGGAUAAUUUUGCCAUUUAUAUUUCUACACUUGUCAAAAUAUGAAUGUGCUGGGAUGAAUAUUUCGAGAGCUGUAAAUGUACUUCAAGAGUUCAGCCGUAGCCAUCACAUAAAUCUCAUUUUACGCUGUUUGUGGUGCUAUUUUCGAAGGUUAAAGAAAGUAGGUGGUCUUGCAGUUAACGAUAGCAGUGACUUUCAGAUUUCUGUGCCAGUCUCUCUCAUUAUUUUUCAUUUGUUUUACUGUAAAAAUAGCCGAGAUCACUCUGUUAAAGACUGACAAAGUAGGGUUUCACUUUUGUGUAUAUUUCUGCAUUAUUUAUUAUUUUUCAUGUUUUCGAAAUUAGAUUCUGUGCUAAAAUUCAGAUGAUUUUACUGCUGUUUAAAGGGGCACUCUGGUGUUUUCUAGACAAGUUUAAAAAGAGAGUGAAAUCCUACAUUUCCCAUAAUGCAACCUGUUAAAAGAGACGAACAGAAAGCAUUUUAGAAUAAGAAAAAUGUGUCGAUGUGUCGAUAUUUUGCCCCUCAAAAACAGGCAAUCCUACACCUCCAACAAUGUCGAUUACUUUAAAGGAACCCUCUUUGUUACAUUAGCGUCAUGCUAACAGUUUGUGGAUUGUGACUUUAAGUCGUUUUUUUGGUUAAAUUUUGCAGAAAAGUUGCAGUUUGUUGAUUUUUGACCACCUAGCUGUUUGUUUAGGUUUUGUUAAAGCCCGUUAUGUUGGCUGAAAACUUAAUAUUUAUCUUAAAACGGGACAAAGUGGUCUCCUUUGAAAGUAAAACAGCUCCCUUUUGACCUCCAGAUCCACGCAUAGCUAUGUCCAUGUGCUGCAUUCGACUCCCAAUGGGGAAAAAAAUGCGGAGUGCCCCUUUAAUUACGAUCAAAAAAAUUGGAAAUGUAAAAUCCGAUGACGACCAUCUCUUCAAAUAAGCAACCCUGUAAAAAAUACUCACUUGCAUGAUGUUAGCAAGACUAUUCGCAGGACAGUAGCAGGCUGGAUGGUGAGAGAGGAUUCUUUCUUCAAACACACCCUCGAAAAACGCCAAAUUCAGCGUCCUGUUUCACCGCCCUACAGUCGAGAUUGUUAGUGUGCGACUGUGUGAGUGCACCUGCUAGGGAGAAACGUGUUUUCAUGAGGUAGAUCCUUUUAGUUGUGAUGUUUUCGAUGUCAAACUCAUGUUCUCAUGUUUAUGACACUUUUUAUUUUUAAAGUAGCUGCACGAGAAAUGAAGAAAAAGAGUGAAAACUGGAUCCAGAAUCCUUUAAAGUUCUAUAUAUGUGUGUACAAGAUGACUUGAAAUCCAUUACUGUGCCACUUUAACUAAAGGGAGUGAAAUUAUUUAGACUCGAGUCCAGGAGAUGCUUCACUUGAACCCCAAGAUGAGCUUAAAUUUGAUUUCUCAUGGACCAAACCAGCUUCGUGACCCAGCCUGUGUGCGUGUUAGUCGCAUCAGUGUCACAUAAAUUUCAUUACAGAUGUCUCGCAAAGUCUAGUCCAGUUUAAGAUCGAGAUGGGAAACCUCAAAGCUCUUGUUUCUCAAGCUAAUAAUGUGUAAUGACCCCCUUCAUUAAACCCUGUAAAAGGUUUUACGAACACACCCGCCCGGCCAGGACUCUGUAGUGAGGUAUUUCUGUGUAAUGCUGUGUACAUAUUGUUGUAGACACUUGAAGGAAACUGUUUGUGGAGUGAAGGACAAAUGCUCAUUAAUAUAUUCAUUCACACUGACGAGUUUUUAUGUUGAUAAAAUGCUUAAAAUAAUAAAAAUUAAAGACUUAAAUACAUCAAGGUCUCUCUCGUCUGUCAGCUGUAAUUAUUGUUGUUUAUGAAAUAGGCCAGAAAAACUGUUUUAUUCUUGUGAACCGGAACCCUUGACACCAAGUCUGAGGAGCUCAAGUUGCCUCCAUAGAUGCCUCUGAUCUAAAUUUAUUCCUUAAGAAAUGAAGAAACGAUCAUAAAUGUUCUUCCUUGAGCUGCGUCACCCCGCUGCGGUCGAUGAACUCGCCCGGAGGUCUCUGUACAAACAAGCGGCUGCUGGAAGAGAGAGGGUGAGUUGUGUGAAACAAGAAACCAGGCAAAGCUAAAAAGAUGUUUGAUGGCUACUACUAUGGAUGGGACCCUAAAUGUCCUGUUGAUGAAGUUAGGUGCUGUUCUGAGCAUUAUUUGUGGCUAUAGAGUGGCGUUUUGGUUGACCUCAUGGUUCUCUGUAUUGCUAUCUGCGGUCAUUACUAAAGUUGGUAUAACUAGAGAACCGGUCGGCAACAUUCAUCUCUCGACCAGGUGUCUAACUCUGUGUUUCGGUGUGUUUGACCAUAAAUUAAUUUCACGCCGGAAUAUCCCUUUAAUUGCAGUUAGGGGGCCAGCUCAUGCAUCCUCUCUCACAUCUGUCACAUGUGCUCAGCGUGAACCUGUUCUCAUCUGUGGAGAGAACAGGGUGCUAAUGCCAAUUCUGGUGUCCUUGGGUAAAUGCCAAUCAGGCUGCACAGUACCAGGCUGUGAGAACAGGCCACACAUGUGGAUGUCAGGACCUCAUGACACUCUCAUGGAGUCUGUGUCUGCCAGUUUGGUCAGGAUGAGGUUUUAUUUACCUUUUGUCAUAUCUAACAAUGUGCAAAAAAAAUAUGUACACAAACUACACUCGAAGAAAAGCAUAAAUAAUGUAGAAUUUCAAUAUUUUAACACACCACAUGAAGGAUCCCUUUGGUUUCUUUUGUUGCUGUUACUUCUUGUGGUCACUAGAGGGAGCUCUCGAUGCACAUAAUGCAGCAGCAGCAGCAGCAGCCCCGGCUCUUAUGAAUGGGAACAGUAGUGAAGGGUUGUAUAAGUGUACUCACGUGAGGUCAUGGCAUGUAUCUCUGGCUCUAAAUGAUGUCUCGUGACGAUGGAUUAACACGAGUGGAUUCAACCCAAGCGGACAGUUGACCGUGAAAACAACAAAUACCAUGGAAAAUUCCACUCUUCAGAUUCUUUUAGGCACAUGUGUGGACUAUUCAUGUUUUAUUUUUCCCUUUUUUUAAACAAUAUGACAUUAUUCUAAAGAGCAAAUCUGUUAGAGAAGUUCUGACCUGCAUUAGAAACCACCUGUACACACUUAAGGUUAGUUAAUAAGGAUUAUAAAACUUUUAAUGUAACCAUCACAUUAUAUGACUGCAUGACACGGAGGUCUGUCUGAGCCCUACAUAAGUGUCUGAGUGUUGUUUUUUUUAUUUAUUUUUUUUAUAUAUGUUUAUUAAAUUUUUCCAGAAACAACAACAAAAAAAGAACACAUGAUAAAAACAAACAUACAUUUGGAUCAAACACAUUAUGUUCAAAUUUAUACAGGCGAGAGAUUCAGGAGUCAUCUAAUACAAAUUAUGUAGGUAAGUACAAUAAAAGUAAAAUAAAUCAAAUGCAUAAUAGGUUCAUAUAUUCAGAGAAAGGCGUCAUGUUCAAAGCUAUGAUAGCAACCCUCUCAUGAGAAUGGUCGAGAUAUUUAAACCAGAGUAUUAUGAUGUUAAAAAGUGAUUAAAUUUAAUUCAAUUUCAGCUUUAUUUCCAUUUUUUUAUCCUUUAUUUUGAGUAAAGUGACCAGCCUACAUUCAACACUUUUAGGGCAGACUGAUCAUCAUCCCAGUGCAGUCCUACAUUUGUCAUGUGUGGGUCAGAUCACCAUCACCCACAAGGUUACAUGACCGGCCGAGGACCUUUUUUUUUUCUCUCUCUAUUUUGUCAGAAAAAAAAAAAAAAAUGGUGUUAACCGGGUUUCUUUUAAUCCUCUACAUAGACCAAGGAAACCAGGUUACUGAAUAAGAAUAAGAAAUAAUUGUCUGUUUUCUCACAUAAUAUGUCUCUAAAAGUUAUCUACUAUUUACAAAAGAGUUAUAAAGUCUGAUUCCUGUUGGUACAAGAGAUCUUCUGAAUCUUUCUGUCCUGCAGCAAAGAGAGAGGAGCCGUCCACCACCAUCAAGGUGUUGUGAAGUGGGUGAUCCAUCCAUCCUUUUUCACCAGUUUGUUAAGAACUCUUACAUCUUUGUGUUUGACGGUAAGGUAGGUAGAAAGAAAGCCAUUUAAGGGUUUAAAACGCAUCAGAAAAGACUUAUUUUCUAUGGUAUUCAUGACAGGUUAAGGGUCACAAUGAAACUAAAAAUUUGGGGGUUUUUUUGCUCAUCCAAAUUGUCUUUUUCCUCUUUACGCACCAGUUGAAAUGUUGUUUUGUGUUUGCACAACACACAUGGCAACGCGAGAUUAUGUUUUGUUUAUAGGCCUGAGGCACAAUUCAAACAAAGGUAGUAUUUUAAAAUAAAAAACGUGAUGAACAAAGACAAAGAAGGUCACGGGGACGUGAAACAACAUGUACCUGAAUAUACACAGAAUCUGGAUUUACGGAGGAGGACGUCAUGACGCAUUACGCAUCCUAUUCAUCCAGGUAAAGUGGAAAAUUAGAGUGAGGUAGAUUAAUAUGUAGGGUCAAAUGAACAAACAAUGACAUUUCAGAGUUUGGAAUCGUCUUUUUCUGUUUCUGAUUUAUUUUCAUAUUUUUUACACAUGAUCGAUGAAAUUGAGGCAACGGAGGAAUGUGCUGGUGUCGUAAGUUCAGGGACAUCUUGGACCAAAAAUUCUUGCACCAUGAGAGCCGGGGGCGGGGUUACGCUGACGUAAAAGGUCACAAACUAAACGAUUCAAAAGACGCAAAUAAAAUCACACCUACGGCAGGAAUGGGGCUGACAUUCUUCACCCUCACCCCUCUUUAAAGCAAAUAAACAUGCAGUCAUAAUAAAGAGAUUUAAACUCCUUCUUGUUCCACUCAAAAAUGACACUUUUAUUUUUAAAACUCACAAAAAAUAAAUAAAAUACGAUUUCACAAUACGGCUUUUUGUGCAAUAAAGUACUUUUUUUAAUUUGUAACGGUGUGAUGGCAUGAGAAAUUGUUUUUAAGUUAACUUACGGUGACGAAUUCGACAUUUUUGCUUCUUUUUUUUUUUUCUUUGUGCUAACUCACGAUAUUUCCGGGUUGCCAUUGUUCACGAGAGCGCUGUACUUUCUCCACAGACGGUCUAUAUAUGGGUUAACGAGCCAACCGUCGCCACGUGACCGUAAAGUUAUAUAAUAAUUAGGUCAACACGUUUUUCACUGGCACGUGCAGGCUUCCCUCUUACAUAAAGUCUCGUGCAAAGGUCUCAAAUUACACUAUGUAGGUGAGGGCCGAAGAUCGUCUAAUUGACAAGACGAUGCCUCACUCUGUGUGGUUUAUUUAACUGGGGUGACAGAGGGCACCGUUUAUUCUCUGACGAUAUCAUUCAGUACUUUUCCAUUUAGUCGUGUUUUACACAGAUUUUAACUCUUUUCGAGAAUUUAACGAAGUAGAAAUGAUAUAUAUGUCAUUGGUUAUGCCAUUAGCCCACUCUAAAAGAAGUUACAAACUUGCCUGAAGCAGCUCGAUUGUUGGUUGGGCAAUACUUUUGC